AUGUUACAGAAUACUCUUCUGGGCAGCCUCUUGGUCUUGGGCACUUUUAUGACUUUAUGCAAUGCUGAGUGCUUUUUAAUGCCUCAAGAAAAUAUGGGGUCUGAUGAAUGCAGGGAUGUUGAUGGAGGCAUACACCCAAUAAACACAUCAUGGAAGACAAAGGACUGUCAGAAGUGUACUUGUUACCGUAAUGGAAUAAGCUGCUGUGGAAUUGCUGCUAUACCUGUGGGUUUUGACGAAAGGAAGUGUAAGAAAAUCUUCAACAAGCAGGAGUGCAGAUUUAAGGUGGUGCACCGGAUAAACCCAGGAAAGACCUGUGAGGUCGGUGAAUGGGUACAGUAAUGUACUUCUAGUUGACUCAGGGAUCUCACCCUG